AUGGGCGUUCUAUCGCUGGUCGAGGACCGUCCAACUCCCAAGGAGGUCUACAACUGGCGGAUCUAUCUUCUCGCAGCCGUGGCAUCGUGCACGUCAUGUAUGAUCGGUUAUGACAGCGCCUUCAUCGGCACCACAAUCCAGCUUGACUCCUUCAAGGACGAGUUUAACUGGGACGACAUGCUCCCGGGAAAGCAAGACCUUGUGAGCGCCAACAUCGUGUCGCUGUACCAGGCCGGGGCAUUCUUCGGCGCUUUCUUCGCCUACCCCAUCGGCCAUUUCUGGGGGAGAAAGUGGGGCCUGAUGUGCUCCGCCUUGAUCUUCACCCUGGGUGCUGGUCUCAUGCUGGGCGCCACGGGUGACCGCGGUCUCGGGCUCAUCUACGGAGGACGUGUUCUUGCCGGUCUGGGGGUGGGUGCAGGCUCGAAUAUCACCCCUAUCUAUAUCUCCGAGCUGGCUCCGCCAGCCAUUCGGGGUCGGCUGGUUGGUGUCUACGAGCUGGGUUGGCAAAUCGGUGGUCUGGUGGGCUUCUGGAUCUGUUAUGGGGUCGAUUCCACCAUGCCACCCAGUCAUAAGCAGUGGAUUAUCCCCUUUGCAGUGCAGCUCAUUCCGUCAGGCCUGCUCAUCUGUGGUUCCUUGUUCAUCAAGGAGUCUCCGCGGUGGCUGUUUCUACGGGGUCGUCGUGACGAGGCCAUCGAAAGUCUCAGUUGGGUUCGUCAGCUCCCCGAAGACCACAUCUACAUGGUCGAGGAGAUCGGAGCGAUCGACCGCGCCCUGGAAGAACAGCGGACCACCAUGGGUCUGGGGUUCUGGAAGCCGUUCAUGCUGGUCUGGACCAACAAGAAGAUCAUGUACCGUCUGUUUGUGGGCAGCAUGCUGUUCCUAUGGCAGAACGGCUCGGGCAUCAACGCCAUCAACUACUACAGUCCUACCGUGUUCGCCAGCAUCGGCGUGAAGGGCGGCAAUACCAGUCUGUUCACCACCGGUAUCUUCGGCGUCGUCAAGACUGUCGUCACGUUCGUCUGGCUGCUUUGGCUGAUUGACCACGUGGGCCGACGGAUGCUUCUUCUGGUCGGUGCGGCUGGCGGUUCGAUCUGUCUGUGGAUCGUCGGUGCGUAUAUCAAGAUCGCCGAUACCAAGAAUAGCGACAAUACGGAGAUGGACGGCGGUGGCAUUAUGGCCAUGUUUUUCUUCUACUUGUGGACGGUAUUCUACACCCCCUCAUGGAACGGCACCCCUUGGGUAAUCAACUCCGAAAUGUUCGAGCCCAACAUCCGAUCCCUGGCACAAGCCUGCGCAGCAGGCUCCAACUGGCUCUGGAAUUUCCUCAUCUCGCGCUUCACGCCGCAAAUGUUCGACAAGAUGGACUAUGGGGUAUACUUUUUCUUCGCGACGCUGAUGAUCUUCUCCAUUGUGUUUGUGUUCUUCCUCGUGCCGGAGACAAAGGGCGUUCCGCUUGAGAAUAUGGAUGGUCUGUUUGAGCAUAAGCCUGUUUGGCGGGCUCACGGCGAAGUCAUUGCUCGGCUGCGCGAGGAUGAGAUGCAGUUCCGGAGGGAUGUCGAGGAGGCGGGGGGGUCGAAAUUGGGAGGGGAGCAGGUUGAGCGGUUGGAGACUGUUCAGGGUAAGGGGGUUCAUGGAUGA